AUGAAUUCCACAUUGUGCAAUCAGUUGGCUGAAAAACACAAAGUUGAACGUCAGAGAGAACGGAAACGUGAAAAAGAGCGUGAAGAACUUUGGAAGAAGUUGGAACAGCUCCGGUUAUCUGGUUCAGGUGAUGCGCCAAUCAAUUCAAAUAUUGAAUCAAAAACGUAUCCUUCUCUUAACAAUAAUUCUUUUACGGUAGUUUCUCAAAAUUCUAGCCAGAUUGGUGUCAACGUCACAAAGCGUUAA